AACAAAGCCUUAAGAGGUUUGUGUUAAUCCAUCUCUGCACUGAGUGGGUGCACUGGUGGUGCUCCCAAAUGUGCUCAGAUAAUUAGGGAUAAAAAUUAUCUCAGGUCCAUACACCCCAGCUUCCCAGUCCAGCAACAGAGUGGCAAAUCUACUCCCCCAGCUUUGCCAAGUGCCUGGGCUACAACACUCCUUAUUCUGCCUGGAAAAAGGGUCCUUAAGGGCGCAGAGAUAUUGCAGCCUGAUGCCAAGCCAGGGGUAGCUUUUUCCUCAUGUGUUUUCCUAAUGUCACAGAGGCACCCCAGCAAUUUGGUGCAGCUGGGCAGAGGGGCAUCAGUCUCAUUUCAGGGAGUGAUUUGGAGAACCCAGGAGAAGCGUUUGCAGGAAGGAAUCAGUGCUGCAGAAGAAACAUCCCUGCCUGCCCUUCUUCUCUACGUGCUCCUUAUGCAGGCCAUCUUUCUUAAUAGGGAUACAAGCUAAAAGUCAAAAGGCAAAAUUACACCUUUGUACCAGUACAAGUACAAUAUGUUUUUAUUAUUGCUGUAGCUGUUCUGAUCCCCGAUAAAACAUUUCCAUGUUCUUUGGGCAUGACAGGCCAUAUUUUCUGUAUCAUUCUCAAGCAGAGCUGGGUGACAUUUCUAAUGCAUCUCCAGCACAGGACCUCUUCUUGAGGGGACAGGUAAGAAGUUGGAGUCAUUUGUUAAAAGAAAUGUUGCAUUGCUGAGGGAGGAGAGACUUGAAGAGGUAUUACCAGAAUGGUCAAUGUUAUUUCUUUACUGGAGGCUGAUUUUUGGUAACCGAAACAUUUUAAAUAGCCUCUCCAGAGCCACUCCAAUAAGAGAAAAAGACAAAAGAAGCAGAGAAAAAUUGAACAGGGGUUGAUCUGAAAUAUCCUGAAACAGAAACCCCUUCCCUGGGAAGGACGGGGAGCAAGGGGAGGUGGUUAAAUGUGUGGAGCCGAGAGUCAAUUUUCAUUUCUUAAUUAGCUCUAAACCCCCGUGCCCUGCCACCGCCAGUGAGAGCCCGGCCAGGGAACGCCGCCCACACGUCGCUUCGCAGCUGUUCAGCAUCGCUGCAUCUGAGCGAGGAAAACAAUUGGGGAAAUGUUUUAUGUUCACACUCCACCUUGGAGGUAGGCCGGCGUCCAGAGCGUGCCAUAAAACAGGCAGGAAUGCCGCUGGUUGGAAACGCGCUCGUAAUUCUUGUGCCCCUCUUUCCAAAAGACACCUUUCUUCGUUUAAUUGUUUUAAAACCGCAGCAUGUUCACAUUACCCUCCGCGGAAAUCACAGCUGAAAAUGACUUUGUAGUUUCUUUUUUUAGCGUUGGGAUUUGAGUAGGGGGUAGUUCUUGCUUUGUUUAGUUUCCUUAAAUCCCCCCCUCACUGCAGCAGCCGGGGGCUUCUUUUCCCCUUUUAUUCUCCUAGGGCUCAAUUCAAUAAAUAUACAUCCGGCUCCUUCGCGGUUGUAGUCCGGCUUGAUGAAAUUGCGCUAGGCACUUCCAAGAAAAGGAUGUUUAUUUUUCUCUGCUGAUUCGGUUAGGCUGGUCCAGGUCUCCUGUGCCCAUAGAGCUGCUCCAUAAAGAGACCCUUGUGAUCACGGCGGGGACGCUGUGUCAGCCGGUGUCCAGCACCAUGGAGAUCCUGAUGCUUGUUCCUAGCUGGAUGCAGCAGUGAGGUUGGGCAUCUCCAAAAGCACAGCCUCUGAAGGAAGGUGGAGGUGUAGACGCUACCAUGGGGGACUCAGUGAGCCUUUCAUCACUAAUGCAGGGACAACCAUAUUGCAAGUAAACACUGCUGAGUCCUCUGCUCCUCCUUCUUGCCUGUCUGCACUUUACACCUGGGAGAAGAGAAAAGCGUCAGCUCCAGAUGACACAGAGUCGUAACCUGAAGGAGUGGCUGCGGGAGCAGUUUUGCGACCACCCCCUCGAGCACUGCGAGGACACCCGGCUGCACGACGCGGCCUACGUGGGGGACCUGCCCACCCUCAAGAGCUUGCUGCAGGAGGAGAGCUUCCAAAGCCGGAUCAACGAGAAGUCGGUGUGGUGCUGUGGCUGGCUGCCCUGCACGCCGCUGCGCAUCGCGGCCACCGCUGGCCACGGGCCCUGCGUCGACUUCCUCCUCCGCAAAGGGGCUGAGAUCGACUUGGUGGACGUGAAAGGGCAGACCGCCCUCUACGUAGCUGUGGUCAACGGGCACCUCGAGUGUGCCAAGAUCCUCCUGGAAGCUGGCGCUGACCCCAACGGCAGCCGGCACCACCGCAGCACCCCUGUGUACCACGCGGCACGCGUGGGCCGGGCAGACAUCCUCCGGGAGCUGAUCAGGUACGGCGCAGACGUGGAUGUGAAUCACCACGUCGCUUCCCGGGUCCCCAGCCUCUCCGUGCGGCCCCUCACCACGCUGGUGGUCUGCCCACUGUACAUCAGCGCCGCCUACCACAACCUCCAGUGCUUCCAACUGCUGCUCCAGGCAGGAGCCAACCCGGAUUUUAACUGCUGUGGGCCCAUCAACAUCCAAGGCUUCUCCCGGGGCUCCCCGGUGUGCGUGAUGGACGCUGUCCUGCGGCAUGGCUGUGAAGCGGCGUUUGUCCACCUCUUGAUUGACUUUGGAGCCAAUCUGAACCUGGUGAAAGUGGAGGCCUUGGGAGUUGAAUCCACAGGAAGGGUCAAAGUCAACCCUGAGGCUCUAGAGGUGUUCAAAGAAGCAAGGGGCCGCACCCGGAGCCUCUUGUCUCUCUGCCGCAUAGCUGUACGAAGAAUACUUGGCAAAUCUCGUCUGGAUCUGAUCCAUAUCCUUCCAAUCCCAGACCCCAUUAAACAAUUUUUACUUCAUGAACACAGUUAAAGGGCAACUGGCUGCUUUCUGGGACAGUUUGGUUUCGUAAAUGAGUGCGCUGACAAAGCCAGGUGCCAAUCCUAACCCUUUGCCCACAGUGAAAUAUUGUAUUGCUCAUGGAGUGCACAUAAUUCCCUGCCCCUGUGGUUUUUCCUCUCCAAAUUUAGGGUGCAGUGAUUUUGCGUGUCUAUUCCUAAGCUCCCGGUUUUCUAACUGGUGAUCUCUUUUUUGCAACUGGUUGUGCGAUAAGGCCAAUAAGCGUGUGUGGCUGUUACAUGAGCAAAUACAAUAUAUCCUAUAGCUGUUAGCGUAUGUCCACUUGUUUUGACUCUACCUCUGUUAUUGCUCUGUGGUUCACACACCUUGGGUCUCAGCAGCACUUCUGCGUGAGGAAAGUGUCCGUACUUAAGCCUUUCCUCUUGCUAUAGCAUACAAGGGAGUCUCUCCUUGCCUUGGUAAGGGUUUUACAACACCACUGUUCUCUUCCCGCUGUCAGUACCUGGCCUUUCUUUUCUCUGCGGGUUUGUGGUUGCUGCUAUAAAAGUGGGUGUAUUUUCUGCUGUCCUCUUCUGGUGUGAAAUGCAUCAAGUUUCCUGUCCAGCGCUGUGCGUUACUUGGAAAAUUGUAUCCACGUCUCUACGUGCUGCAAGGUAGCUGCUGGCUUGGCUUUCUUCGUGUAGAGGCCCCAUCGCACAGAGGGGAGAGUAACAGAAUGUGUAAUCCUGUCCUGUCUGAGUCGUUUCUGCAGAGCACCAGAUCUGCUGGGGAAGCUUGGCUCUCCUUCCAGCACUGAUGGACAAGGCAGGGCUGGCCGGUCCUCCCCCCGACUGCCUGGAACUGGGUCAAGUCUCGUAACCACUGUCAUAGCAUGGAUGAAAAAAUGUGGAGAGAAACGGAAAAAAGGUGGUUUCACGUCUGGAGGCUGAUUAGAUACACAGCCCGUUGUGGAGAUGUCACCUGUGGUUCAACUGCUACUGCAGUGGUGGUGGGACAAGGACUGCGAUACUCACGUGAAGCCAGCACGAGAACCUGAAAGAUUUCUGGGGUACCUUUUGGAAAAGCAGUUGCCAAAAUAAUCUUCUGUUCAGUGUAAAAUGGGUUUGAUAAUUUGGGAGUGACCAGGAGUGACAGAGGAGGGAUUGCUAAAUUAAACUUGCAUUGCUGUGCUGGAUGGUGAUUGAUGCAAUGCGUGUGAAUCUGUCUGUGGUUAUGAAGAAAAAGACAUCAAAAUGAUCUCUAGACUGCCUGCUUGCAAUAUUGCAGUGAUUAUGAUGUUAUUGAAGGUCCAGUAAAGCAGCUGACAGUGCACAGCACAUAGAAAUAUAAGUUCCUACCCACUUUUUACUCCAUAACCCACUUAAGCGGUCUUUUUGUUUGCCUGCUGCUUCUACCAGCAUUGUGAGAAAGGGAGAAGAAAGCACUUUUUGUCUUUUCUUGAAGAGUUAGGAGGUUACGUGCUUCUAACAGCAGUGUUGCAUCCAGCAGACUGGGGUCCUUUGAUUUCCAGUGCCCCUACAUUGCUGUUUGCCGUCGUGUCACAAUCUCCCAGAAAAGUGUGAUUCUGCAGUGAGUCGACAGCCUUUCGUGGGGAUCUCAAGGUCAGCUGGCUCCUUAAAGGUGGACACGUAGUCAUUGUAUAGGAAACACUGUCAGAAUAGCAGCUUCAGAAGGACAGAGAUGAUGGUCUCUCAGGAUCUUGGAUAAAAAAUCAGGUGAUAAUUGGUACCUGCUUUUACUUGAUUGAUCCAAGUUCUUUCUAGUCCCUGUGUUAUAAGUUGAUUUUUUUGGACAAUUUUUCUUUGCCAGUUGUUCUUCCCCUGUCCAUGCCAUUGGAAAGGGUAUUCUUUUAGAUGUGAUCCUAAAGGUGCUGGAGAUUUAUUUAUUGUAUGGUAUUUGUGCCUAGGAAGCUGCUGUUGAGAGCUGAGUUAGACACGGGAUGGCAAGGACAUUAAGAUCCUUUCCUGGGAAAGAUAUCGAGCUCUGGUCACUCUUCUCCUUGUCCCUCAGCAGUAACGGAGAAGUGGGCUUGUUUAAGCUACCUCAUGUUUUGGAUGCCUUUGGCUGGCAGGUGUGGUUAUCCCGGCUCUUGAGGAGCAGGUCCUCAUGGCUGCCCCAUAGAUUUGCCCCAUGGACUUGCCCCAUAGGUUUUGACACUAGUUACAAAAUGCUCUUUUUCCAGAGGUAUCAAUAAAGACAAAACCACAGGUCAGUUUCUGGUCCUCCCACUAUGGGAUGUGUUUAGGAUGGAGUUCAAUAAGCAACAGUGGGAUUUCUUGUGUGUUUUAUUAUCUGCUGAAGUACACGUGCCUUUCCUGACAUUGCUGUGCUCCCUGAUUUUAAGUGGCAGAAUUUGUCCUGCUGAGCAUGACGCUGUUGAGAACAGGCUAAAGCGUGGUGGUCACACACAGUGCUCAGAUACCAAAGCAGAGGAUACUUUCAAAACCCUCAUCAGGUGAGAUACAGUGACAACGGUAUGUAGCUGAAGGCAUGUAGGCUUUCAAGGUGAGAAGGCAGCAGUAUUGUGCUUUUUCCCUUUCGGGCUUGCAGAUGGUUUAGGUUUUCACCACGCUGGAGGCCAGGGCAGCCCAUGAGCAUGUUGCCUGAGAGUCGUGUGCUUGCUUUAUAGAAGUGUUAACAUGCCUGAAAGAUGCAAACAGGUUGUAAAGCCUCUUGUCACCUUGCUGGUGGAACCAUAAUGUUUUGCAGGAGCUGAACACGCUUUCUGGCUCCAGUGUGUAGAGGCAGAAGGUGAGGGAGGUUGUCUUGAGAAAGUGCCAUGGCAACAGCUUCUUUGGGUCAAAUUUUUUCCCCCUUGAUUUUUACUUUUUCAAACAGUUUUGCAACCCAGUCACACAUUAGUGCCUUUUGGGAGAAGGUAGUAGGGUGGAUGUAGAAGGUGUAUACUCCACUGGGGAGAACUCACCUCACCUGGAAUGAGCUAUGGUGAAAUGCUACGGUGUGAAUGAUGGAGAGUGGCCCGAAGAAAUUUGGAGAAUUCAGUUGUUAGGGGUGUGGUUAACUCAGUGUAUGAUACAACUCGAGAAUCUAGUUAAAGCUGAGCCUCUGCAGAUGACCUGUUACAAUUUCUGUUACAGCUGCCUUCAGUAUUUGAUCUCCUGGCCGUUGUGCCCUUUCCUGACACUGUCCUACUCAUGGACGUAACUUGCAUGUGAAGGAAACUGAGACGAGCACCCUCUCCCCACGCUCUGAGUCAAUACCUGGUGCUGGUACGGUUCCUUUGUAGGUCCUACCAGUAAGCCCAAGCCAGGCUGGGGCUGGGGACUUUGGCCUUGGUGUAUGGGUAGGUCUUUCCACCUCAAGCUUGAAGGACUACAUAGAUGUUUAAAUCCAACUGAUGGAGAGUCCAAAGGAUUCCCCUGACCUUGGAUAUCUCCAGCCUUCAAUUCACAGGCCAAAGGAUGCUUCUCCUAAAGUUCAAUAAUCACUUGGAUAUUUGCAGAAUCAAAGCUUUGAAGUGCAGGAGACAUUUUGCUAGGGCUCCCAUCCAACUCCCAUUUAACUGAGGGUCUAUGCCUCCAGCAAAGCUUUGCCUAAGUGAAGUGGUGUAAUACAUAGACUUUGAAGAUCCGUAAUUUUAAUUGUAGGGAGAUAAUGAAUCUCAAAAUAGACUCAUGAUAUUGGCAUCCUGUCCCGUAGAGCCAAAAUGUAUAUCCUCUGGCUGUCCCUGCCCAUUUAAACCCAAGGAACAGCAGUCUUCCAAUAUGAAAUCCGAGUAAUAUAUGCAUAUAUCUUCACACAAUAUGAACAACAUUGAUUUUUGCCUUAACUCAGACUUCACAAUUUCCUCCAAUGUAGCAAAGCAUUUUCUUUUGUAAAAGUAUUCUAUUCUAUGUUUUCCAUGGGGCAAGCUCAGGUGAGAUGAGUAACAAAUUAAUAUCUGAAGUCAUGGGUGGGAAACGAAACAUUUCUGCAGUGUACAUCCACUAUAUUGAAGAACAAUAAUAUAUAAAUAUAUAUAAUAUAAAGUGUGUGUUGUGUGGCCUUGCUGUAAGCUUGGGUGAGAUGGGAUAACGAGAUUUGGAAAAUGUUUAAAACACCAGAACAGAUCAGGAAUUAGCAAAGCAGAUCCAAAGCAAGUCUUUUUCAUGUGGGCUUUCUACUUGUCUUUGUUGCUAUAGGGGAUUUCCAGAGCACAAAAUGCUGGUAGUCAGUACCCAAAUAUAAUUUCCUGCUCUUUUAGAGUUUGCAAAAGGCAGAGGAAAAGCAUCUGUUGGUCUGAAGUGUGGUGUUUGUGUGUUUUAUUUUGUUUUGUUUUGUUUUUUUCCCAUUCUCAAAAUCAAGCAAAGCACUUUUUACACCAAAACCAGCCUUUGAGGUACAGAACCUCUUUUUAACCCUUUCCGUUCCAGUGAAGAAAGCAGUGUAAGAACCUGCCGAGGACAGAGUAGAGGUGACAAGAGUCCCGCCUCAAUGAGAGCUCGUCCGUGCUCUGUUGAUUUUUGCCUGGCGUUAGAUGGUUGUGCAUGGCAGCAAGAUCAGAUCGGAGAGCAGACAGGAGGUCUCUGCGGUGGGUCUGGAUCCACGCGUGGCUGAAUAAAGAUGUUCCAGUGCAAGAGCA